AAGUGGAAUGAAACUGCAUAAUUACAAAUUCCAGAGAGAACGUUUUCUCAUUAUUAGUUGAGGAGUGAAUGAUUCAUCCACUCUACAUUUUUUAACGGAAAGUUACAUAUUUCUUAUAAUAUUCGAAGUGAUUUUAAUAAUAACACUCUCUUAAAAAAAAUUAAAAUAAUUUAAUAAUUCAGUACUCUUGAGUGUUUGUGCAUUUAAAUCGUUGAAAUCUGUUGGUUUUGGGUAGUGUGACGUGACAUCUGUGAUUUGUGACAUUGUGACGUGAACGUGACAUUUUCAAUUUUCACAGCUGAUUAACAACUAAAUACCUAUUUCAAAAAAUUUUGUCAUUUCUCCUCAACUGAAGAUUUAAAAAAAUGUCAACUAAAGUUCAACUAUACAUUUAUGACUUGUCUGGUGGCAUGGCAAGUAGAAUAUCGCCUAUGCUUUUGGGAAAGAAAAUUGAUGGGAUUUGGCAUACGUCUAUUGUUGUCUUCGGUAGAGAAUAUUUCUUCGGUUCGAGGGGCGUUGAAAGUUGCAAUCCAGGGUCAACGGCUCUUGGUCAGCCUCUGAAAGUUGAAAAUUUGGGAGAGACACAAGUUCCGUAUUUCAUUUUCAUUGAUUAUUUGAACGGAUUAUCUGAAUCAUCCUUUGCAGGCCACACAUAUAACCUCUUGAAUCAUAAUUGUAACAACUUCUCCCAAGAAAUAGCACAAUUUUUGUGUGCGGCAUCUAUACCAAAAUACAUACUAGACCUACCAAACGAGGUUUUGAAUUCCAGUCUAAGUGGUGCCCUUGUGAGUUUGGUCGCCCAACUGGAGAACAGUGCAAGACCGAUAGCAGAAGAACAAGCUAAUAGCAAAAAAGAACCAAGUCCUGAUUUGGAACAGCUCAACUCUCAGAUUGAAGAAGCAAGGUAUAACUCAUUCAUUUUGGAACAACGUAGAAAAACUCUCAGGGAGAAAUUAGCAAAGAAAGAACGUAAGAAGGAGAAAAAACGCANUUUUUUUCAGGUGAAAGCUGAAUUUGAUGCAUUGAUUGGACUCAUUGAUGGUAAACUAACCCCCGAAGAGCAGAGAGCCACAGAAGAACUUCACCAAUACAUGAUUGGUGAUGAAGGCAGUUGGGCUUUAAGUGAUGGGUUUUUAGAUUUUGUUGGAAGGUUACUCAAUGAUAAGCAACUUUCUUUAGAAGUUAGAGUGAGAACUAUGAAUAUAUUGGCAAUGGCAGCUUUGAAAGAUGACGUUAUUUUAGUAUUGCAUCAAGAUCGCAAGGAUCAUGUUUUGAUGAACUAUGCCUUUGAAAUUGACAGGCUAAGUCCUGAAGAGCAAGAAGCUAUAGCCUUAUUCAUGACUAAUAUGUUUGAAAAUCUCAGUUCUUCUGAGUGGCUCCUUUAUAUUUCGGAAUGGACAUACAAUAAUCAACAAACAAGCAAUAUUCGAGUUACCACCAAAGUUGCAGUGCAUUGUCUGUUAUCUGACAUGCCUAGUCUACAAGAAAGGGGCUCAGCAAUUAUUCAUAACCUAGCUUGCAAGGAGGUGUUUGAUGAUGUAGCAGUUGAACUCACCAUGGCUUUACUCCAAUACUUCAAUUCCAAACCACAAGAAGAACAACUUUUCAGAUGUAUGAAGGCGUUAGCAAAAUUUGUUCAAGUUUCAUCACAAGAAGUUCCUCAACUCAUACAGAUGAUCGGGCCGGAUCCAAAGUCAUUCAGGGGCACCAGUGAAAGAAUUGAUAAUCUCAUUGAUCAAAUCAGUACAAAAGUUCGCUAACUGCCAUUUUUAUUUAUCAAAAUGGACCUGUGAUCAACAAAAUGCUUUUGCCAUUUAAUUGCAGUACUUAUUUAUUCUAUUGGUCAUUUUUUAUUAUAAAUUCAUUAAAUGGAUUAGAAUGAUAUGAAACAAACUAGUUUGGCAUUUCAAAUGAAUAAAAUUCAUUUUUACAUUUUUUUCAAACUAAUCGAUCUAUGUUUUUCCUUACAUUAAAUAACACAGUACCUAGCUUUUCAAAACAGUGUGAAGAAAAUUAAUAAAUAUGAAAAGUAAAAUGAU